AUGGAGCCUGAAGCCGCGGAUCUUCCAGUCGCGAACGAGCGUUCGUCUGCAGACCCCUCGCCCUUUUUCGUCGAGGGCACGGACGAGGAAUCGGACGGAGCAACUGAGAAUCAGGCAGCCGUUGGAAUUCCCCUCUCGGACGCGUACGAGCGAGCUGCAGAGCAUAUUGCGAACUUCCGUGCCACAAGAGAGGGCAUCGUCCGAGCCACGCCGUGCUAUGAGGUCUUAAGGGGCUUCGGCAGGAUUUUUCGGUUUCGAAGUAGUGAAUAUUACCGCAAGAGCUUUUCAGCAGACAAGAUUCAAGAGUUUUGGUCUCACUCCUGGCAUGGAAGCACCACUCGGAAGAUUUCGACAAUGAUGGUGCAGAAGAAUGGCUUUGCAGCCAUUUGUUUGGGGUCCUUGGCGUCUCUCCUUCUUGCAGGUCUUUUUGUCGCGGGCUACCUUCCCGGCUAUGAAAGGGCACCUUUCCUUAAAUUAGGAAGGACAUCCUACUUGUUCAGCGUCUGGGGAGUGCUAGGUGGUACUCUCACUGCAGUCAUGACCUUAUUCUGCUGGCAGCGUCGCACCCUGGUUUUUGUCGAUGUGAUUUGCAUCAACCAAGCAGAUCCAAGCUUGAAGGCAGAAGCACUCCUCAGCAUGGGCGCUUUCCUGCAGAGCUCGGAGUCCUUACACGUUUUCUGGGAUGAGACCUUUGUUCAGAGGCUUUGGUGCAUCUUCGAGGUCGGGGCGUAUCUCGGCAGCUGCAAGCUUUCAAAUUCCGGGCGUGCCAAGAGAUUGGUCAUUAGGCCAACUAUGCUUGGAACGAGCUCCACAACUGCAUUCCUUGGUUCUUUUCUGCUUGCGCUUAGCUUUCUGGCGAGUCCCUUUGACGACCUUCUACUUGGCUGGGUGAUAUUCUCAAUGCUUUGCAUCGUUUGCUGUCACUUUGCUGUCCGUUCCUUGCGGAGCUACUUCGCAGCUGUGGAGAGCAUGCUUAUCCAGUUGCGCAAGUUUCGCGUCCAAGACGCCCAGUGCCACUGUUGCACGGUGGGUCACACAGAAGAGAGCUUCGCUGCUUGCGACCGCGAAGUCAUCAGCCUUUGCAUUCGCAAAUGGUUCGGCUCUGAGUCUGCUUUUGAGAGGUUGGUCAGCACCGAUGUGUCCAGCGCUUUGGCCAGCGCUCUCGGCGAUGCAUCCUUCUCCUACCUGUGGCUCUUGAUGGUAUCUGCCCCAAUUAGUUGGGGACACAUGGACCAGGUCGCCGCCCGCUUGCAUGCACAGGACAUGGAGGCCGCGGCUGCAACGGCCAUCAUCGACUUGACGUACUAUUUCCUGGCCUUCCCUUUAGUCGGACGCCUUGGGAUCAUCCUGGCAUGCAAGGCCCGGCGCCAACGACAUCAAAUUUGGGCCAAUGAACUAAUGACAUGUGCGGUGUACUUUGCUGUCUUUCCGGUGGGCACGGUCCUGCUUGCCAUGCAGACAUUGCUGAUGCGAGUCAUGAACCCGCUGACCGCAGCAGGCCUGUUUGCCGCCAUCAAUCUGAUUUUGCUGGUGACUCUUCUUCGGCAAUGCUCGCAUAUGUCGCUUCUUUCUCAGGAUGUACAGGAGAAAUCCUAG